AAAAUUUAUGUGAUGGCUGCUGCCUCUGCGCAUGCUACGUUAUCUGGUCAGAUUGCAAAUUAUAUGGUUGUGGUUAAGUUAAAUUUACUACACUGAGCUUACAAAACCUCUUUUUUGCUCGCAAAACCACGUCUACCACCUUUUCACCAAAUUGGCAAUGUACAGUGGCUCGCUAGCGAUUGAUCGCGAUUGACAUGCCGCGAUCACUCAGUCCUUGCUCUAGAACCUACUAUGUACUAUUGGCGGAAAGGCACUGUGAGCUAGUCCCCGCGGAAUUUUGUACAACUGUAUUACAGAUACACGGUUUAACGGCAACAAGAAUAUACACGACGGCAUCUAUAGAAGCAUGCUAGUGCAUGAGCGCUACACACAUAUCAGGCGGCUGGUAUAGAUUGGACGAAUUUACACUUCCCACUAAGCUUCCUUAGCGAAUCACAUAGCGUAGAAGAACCCUUCCAAGGACACCUAGACGGUGAGCAAGCGGUUGCCACCACUAUUUCUGUCCACAGUCAAGAAUCAUGUUAUCAGAGCAGAAAGAAGGAGAACUAGUCUUACGAGAGCUCCGAAAAAAACCCAUUCGACCAGGGCAGUACGUUGGAAAGCAAAAAAACAACAAGAGACACGGGUAUGGUAUAUAUGUCUUCCCAAACUCUUUUUUCCGCUACGAAGGCCAGUGGCAAGAUGGGAAACUGCACGGACAAGGCAAGCUGAUCAUGAAAGACGGUAGCUACUACCAGGGGUCAUUUAGAAAUGACGAGAUAGAGGGCAAAGGCUUCCGAACUUACGCUUUCUCAGGCGAUAACUACGAAGGAAACUUUCUCAAGGGAGAACCAUGUGGGGAAGGCGUGAUGACGUACAGCAACGGCUCACGCUACGAGGGAAGCUGGAAGUCUGGAAAAUACGAAGGACAUGGAGUUCUAGCCUGUUCAAAUGGUGCAACAUACACAGGUCACUUUCUCGAUCACAGGCGCCACGGAUGCGGCACACAAUUCUAUGCCAACGGAGAUCACUACAGGGGCAAGUGGAGAGAUGGAAAGCGCCACGGGCAAGGAGACUUUGUUGGGACUACUGGAAUCCGAUACAAGGGCUUAUGGUCUAACGAUCGUUACCACGGAGACGGGUCACUUCACCUACCAAGCGGUAUACUGUUCAAAGGGUUGUUUCACAACGGUGCACCAAAGAGUACGUCUAGUAAUGUGACACGACUUAGAAUCGUUGGUCCUCAAACAAUCUAUGCGCCUGUUGAUAAUUUGAUAAACAAAUUGCAAGUCAUUAACGUAGAGUGCAUUUCCGACACAGGAGAGACCGUUGUUGCAGAAACUGGAAGAGUUUUGAAAAUAACAGCAGGACACAGGCAUCGCAACGGCUACCAGCCUUCACCUUCAGCAAUGGGAAAGAGAACGCCUGCAUUUGCGAUGUCUUCACACAAACCUGAACAUAAAGAACUUGUCCAAGACUUUGCUCUGAUGAAGUCACCAUUUGGAUUCGAAAUGGAACCAUAUGAAGUCAAGCAAAUUCCUACACAUGACAUUGUUACGUCUGUAAACAGCGAAGACAGUGCAUUUGAUGACACAGUUUUUGAUUCUCAUCCAGUUUCAAUCUCACUGUCUAUGUCCAGUCCUACCAUGAUCUGUAAUCCUGAUGUCCCAACUAUUUCAGUUGGCAGCGGUUUCACAGAACCUGCCAAGCCUAAGUAUCAUUCCAAGAUGUCCAAAUGCGAAGUUCCUAUUGAAACAUUUCAUUCACUAGAGGAGUGUACUUUGGCAGAAGCCAAUGCCUUUCUAGAAGCCUUGAAGCCUGUAGAAGUAACUUAUACAGAAAAAGGAAGAGCCUGUUUUUACAACCUUGUCUUGCCUUCCGAAAAACAAAGACUUUCUAACCAACCAAUCACUGAAAGAUCAGCUACAGCAUUUCAGAAAGUGUCAAAAGUACCAGUAACAAAACAGAGAUUGGAACGAAAAGAAACAACAACCAAAUCGAACGCUCAACACAAGCUCAUGUAUGACUACAAAUCUAAAGACAGAUGUCAACAGUCAAGCCCAAUCAAAUCCAAAAAGCAACCUAUUUUAGACGAGGAAACAGUUUUGGCACACAAAUAUUGCAGGCCAGGUCGGUACGUGCUCAUUGUCAGCGACGUGACUGAACCUCCAUUUCUAGAAAAGCGACCAGAACCGGGUUAUCUCCAAAUUGUUGUUCAGAAACCUAAACUUAUUUCAAAUAGCAGAAGAAAAUCGGUGUCAAAAUAACCAUACAGUUGAAUAUGAACAUGAAGCUAGUUCAACAACUGUUGUGUA